AUGAGCUUCAAGAAGUACGCCCAACAGACAUCCAUGGGAAUAUCUCACUCGCGCUCAUUCAGCUUAGACUCGUUUGUCGCAGAGAUCGGCAACGACGUCAGCUACGAUAGGAGUCUCGGCAACUCCCGCUUCCUCAAGGCGAUACGCGGCAAGAGCAGAAGCGGGCGGAUCAUAGUAAAGGUCUUUACCAAGGCUGAUCCAUCCGUUAACCUCUCGUCUUUCAUCCAGCGCUUGAAGAAGGAAAAAUCGCAGCUCGUCGGUAUCAGCAAUGUUUAUGCCUUUCAAACCUUCCUCGAAACUGACAAGGCUGGCUACAUGAUCCGCCAGUACAUCGGCACAAAUCUCUACGACAGAGUUAGUACACGUCCAUUUCUAUCCACAGUAGAGAAGAAAUGGAUAGCAUUUCAGUUGCUAUGCGCCCUACAAGACUCGCAUACUUGUCAAGUACCUCACGGUGAUGUGAAAUCCGAGAAUGUUUUGGUGACAUCAUCAAAUUGGGUUUAUUUGACAGACUUUGCAAGCGUGAAGCCUUCACAUUUACCUCUAGAUGAUCCAUCAGACUUCAGUUUGUACUUUGAUACUUCUGCGCGGCGCACUUGCUACCUUGCACCAGAGAGAUUCUUCGAUAACGAUAGUGAUAUAGCUCACUUUCGUCAAUUGAUACUGGAAAAGGGUACAGCUAAUGUCGAUACCCAAGACAAACUUGUUGUCACCGAAGCAAUGGAUGUCUUCUCGGCUGGUUGUGUCAUCGCUGAAUUGUUCUUAGAAGGCACACCACUAUUCACUCUAUCACAGCUGCUGAGAUACAAAGAAGGCAACUACAACCCCUCAUCUGUUAUCUCCCAGAUUGAUGACCAGGAGGUUAGGCAUCUCAUCACGUCAAUGACUCAAAUGGAUCCAUCCGAAAGAUUGUCAUUUUCUGGGUACCUAGCUGAAUAUAGACAGAAGCUGUUCCCUAAUGUCUUUUACACUUUCUUGCAUGACUACUCCGCUCAAAUCCUCGAACCAAUCCAACAGCCACCCAAUUCGACCUUUGUUGCUCCAUCCAAUACCUCAGCGACCCCCUUUGAUACCUUCCAAGCUAACAACCAGAUUCAAACACCCAAUCAUGUGAAAUAUGUACCUGAGGAGAGAGUAGAGAAGUUGUGGAAUGAUUGGCUGGAGAUAUCCAGCAACUUCGAUGAAAAGUAUUGCCAAAUCAAGGAAGAAUUAGAUGAGGAUGACUUCGUUGAUGGUGCUGUCUUCCCUGUUCAGCUAAGUAUACCAAAUGUCAAGCCUCUUCUCAUGGUGAGAAAAGAUAACAUAGACUCUAGUGACGGUGAAGAUGGUGCUGCUCUAAUUGUAUCAACAUUGCUGUGUUCGAACAUUCGCAAUUGCAUCAAGCCUAGCUCAAAGAUGAAAGCUUUGGAACUGCUGCUCGCAGUAAGCAGCUAUUUGAAAGAUGACACAAAGCUCGAUAGGAUCAUACCCUAUAUGGUUGAUCUACUAAGCGAUGCAAGUGCAAAUGUGCGAGCAUCAACCCUUCGUAAUAUAACGCAAAUGCUACUCAUUGUCGGAAGCAUCACACCUGCCAACUCAACCAUUUUCAUCGAAUACCUCCUUCCACUUAUCCUGACACUAGCCAGCGACAGCUCCGAGCUAGUGAGGUCUACUUUAGCUCAGUGCAUCGCGCCUAUUGCAGAGACAGGACAAAAGUUCCUCAACUUGGCUGAAUCGAUGAAGUCAAACAAUACAUACACGGCGAAUGAAGGUGUUGAGAAAAUGUUGCUAGAUGGGAACGAAUCUUUUGAGAACUCGUAUGAAACAUCGAGGCAAGACUUGCAGGUUUUCAUACAGGAUAUCGUAGCCACUCUGCUUACAGAUUCGUCAUCGAUGGUCAAAAGAUCGUUACUACAGGAUAUCAUCCCCCUUUGUCUCUUUUUCGGCGCUGCUAAGUCCAACGACUUACUCCUUACUCAUAUCAACACAUACUUGAAUGAUAGAGAUUGGGAACUGCGCUCGGCUUUCUUUGAUAGUGUUGUCGGCAUAGCUACUUGCAUUGGAGGAAAGUCCGUCGAAGAGUACAUUCUCCCAUUGGUCAUACAAGCGCUGUCAGAUGCUGAAGAAAAUGUCAUUGUUAACGUCCUUAAUUCCAUACGCAAGCUUGCUGAGCUGGGUUUGAUUAAGAAGGUGCAUGUCUGGGAAUUAAUUGGUAUUACAUAUCCUCUCAUUGUUCAUCCGAAUAAGCGAAUUCGACAGAAUAUUAUUACGUUCAUAAGCGUGGCUGUAUCUAGGCUACCAGAGACUGAUACUUGGUGCAUAAUCUACCCACAGUUAACAUCCUUACUGAGUGGGCAGAUUAGCAGCAUAGAUAGCGACUCAUUGAACGAAGCCGCUUUACCACCGCUCUCGAGGACGCUUUUUGAGAUUGCCCAGGAAUGGUCCCUCGAAGUACCCAAGUCCCCAUUCUGGAGGAAUGGCGUCAUGUAUCAAACAAUUGGCCUCAAGGAAGGGCUACGAAGUUUGCACAACGGCAUAUACAAGCAAGUUCCCAAAGUUGAUACUCAGAUAUGUGAUGACGACAAGCCUUACAUUGAUAGAAUGGCAGAGGUGGGCUUCACAAAAGAUGAUGAAAUCAAACUCGCCUACCUUCGUUCGCACAUCUCCAUGUUCGCUCGGGCUCAGGAGAGUAGGUCAAGUGUCAAUGGUGGUGACCAGCCGAAAAAGGAGGACAUCGAUAAAGUAAUUGCUCUCUCUGAUCUCAAGGUAGCUCCACAGACGGUGUUUAUUGGUCUUAAAAGCUCCAAUCUGAUUUCAGGGACACUUGAAGCCAACGUCAAGAGCAGAAGCAAUUUAUCGAAGCAGCGGAGUAUUGAGAGCUGGUCUAAGCAGAUUUCGUCUAUUUCUCAGCGUAAUACGCCUAGCAAUGAACACGCUAGACCACAAGUUUCUAAUCGGGUCGAUGUGAUGGACUUGCGUAAAAGAUUGGCACAACCACAAACCUCUUCUGUUGAGCCAGUCGCUACGAGAGAAGCGGAUAAUGGUAGUAGACGGGAAUCCAGCACGACACUCGAUACAAUGCAUUCCACAUCUCCUCGUAUGAAUGAUCUAGCUGGAUUCGGAAACAAUGAUACAAGUCCACCAGAACCUGGCUCGUACGCAGGCUCGCCUACACUCAGCGUUGUGCGACCACAAGCAAUUGGUAAACGCAGCGGGCCUUUGCCUGGCGACGGCCAAAAAGCUGCUGCUGCAGUCGGGUCUGUAAAUACCAAUGCUAUAGGCAUGCUCGAGGUACCUGGUCGGGAAGCGCCUGGUGAGGAGCAAGGCCAGAACAGCAGUCAGACACCCAACACCGGCGGUGGAAACACCAAUCCUAGAAUCAAUUUGAAAAGUGCAACAUACCAGCACACAUACGAGGGUGGUGACACUGCGAUAUUGAAGAUGCUCGAUAGUGUAUGCAGGGAAACGUUACGCGAGCCUCUUGUCGAGUUUGGUAACACUUUACCACCACCGCUCAUCAAAAGGCGUAGAAGCCCUUAUAGUCAGAACGACGAACCGCCCUCGUUACGGCUAGUUGGACAAUUCAAUGAGCAUGAAGGGGGUUUGACGUGUGUUGCAGUCUCCUCAGAUCAUGUCUUUUUCGCUACAGGUUCUCAUGACCACACUGUCAAAAUAUGGGAUACCGCGAGAUUGGAGAAGAAUGUUACGGCCAAGUCGCGCCACACUCUACGGAGAUCAGCUGGGAUUAGUGCAAUAAGCAUGAUCGAGAACACUCACUCACUAGCUGUCGCAUGUCGUGAUGGUACUGUUGUGAUAUACAGAGUUGAUGUGUCUCAGGGCACAACGCUUCCACGGUAUGCUGCUGAUGUUAAUGAUGUUCCUGUCGUUCGUGAAUUCAGUCUCAAUGGCGCAAGCGAAGGUGAAUAUGUGACAUGGAUGUAUCAUUACAGCAGCGACACAAGCAGCAACUUGGUGUACACGACCUCGUUUUCUAGACUGUGUAUUAUCGACUUGAGAACGACGCUACCUACGAUGGACAUUGACGGCCCUGCGUGGCAUGGUCCUAUAGUUAAUGCGUGUAUAGAUCGCGACAGGACGUGGGUAGUUACUGGUACAAUUUUCGGCUGGCUCGCUUUAUGGGAUAUUAGAUUCGGGAUAAUGGUGCACGCGUGGCGAUGUAGGAAUGGUGGUGGAAUCACCCAAGUCAAUAUGGAUCCUUCGAGUGACCAGCUCGUUGUGGUCUGUGUAGACGACGUUAAUGGUUCUCGGACGGUUGUAGAGGUGCACAACGUGGCCACUAGGCAGAUUGUCGAUGUAUACGAGUCGCAAGGAUCCGCAUACAAGAGUAACAGUGAUGGACUUAUGGAUGUGUAUGGUAGUGGUAGUUCUGCUGAGGCUAUUGAGAAGCUGGCAAACACAGAUACCACCAAUUAUGCUCAGAGCGUUCCACCUUCUAGUGAGGCGGGUCGCUCGCUUCUGAUAGGACCGGCUACUAAGCGAUCUGGAGGAAUUUGGUAUGAUUUUGGUAAUGCGACUGGUCACGCAAAUGCUCAACUCAACGCUAGCGGAUGGGUAUUCGAAGAUAUCAAGUCGAAGAAAGAGACAGCAAUGCCUAAGAAGCGAUUUGUGUUGAUCGGUACGAAUGCACAUGAAAUUAAGUGGUGGAAUCUUGGUGAUAAAUCGUGGUAUAAGUCUGCUGUUUUAAGCGGUAAAGCGGCUGAUACUAGGGAGUAUAUCGUGCGGCAGGACGAAUCCGAUGCGAGAGACGUACACUACGAAGAGAAGGUAGGAGUGCAAGCGCAAACGAGAAGAAGCAGCAAGGAGACACAGGUGAAUGAACAGAAUGAUAGGCUGAUGCAGUGUCACAGUCAUUCUGUAGAAGUCUUGGCCGCGAUCGAGCUGCCGUUCCGCGCAUUAGUAAGUGGUGACAGGAGUGGGGUAAUGAAAGUAUGGCGGGUGGAUUGA